CCCAGAUACUGGGGCUCCCGGGAGCCGGCUCGCGGGGCGCGCAGGUAAAGGGUUACGCGUGCCGGGGAGGCGCGCCCUACCCGGGCCACGUGAAACGCUGGUCCAAUGACCGCGCGGGGCGGCCGCUGCGAGCGCGGCGGGCUCCGGGCGGCGCUGAGCCGCAGUCUAUUCCCAGAGCUGCGGGCCGAGGCCGGCGAAGCCAUGGGCGCUGGGACCCCGCCGCGGCCGCCCGGAUCCAGGUGCUUGCAUGGUGCCAGCCAGACUUCCCUGGGCGGCCAGCCCCACUGAUGUGUCCUGGAGUUCUGAUUCCCUGGAGCCCCACCGAACUAAGGGGUAGAGGCAGCCUGGGAGUAUGGAUCGGCCUGUCAACGCCCAUGUUCAGCGGGGAAGCAGUUGCAGGGACCAGACCUUCCACCUUCUGCAUCCCACAGUGACCUUUGGUCCAUGCUCCCAGAGGGUUGAGGAGAAGAGCAGCUAAACUUCUGGAGAAAACUAAUGGGCAAUCUCCACAACAGAUGGUAACAGAAAAUAAGCCAGAUGGGGUGCAGGUGCUGUAAAAUGAUACAAAGCUAUCUCUUUGAUCCGGUUCAAGUGCCCUCUCCGGCCUAUGUCAACGAGAUAAACAGCUUCAAGUUAGAUGAAGACAACCCUGUGAAGUUAAAAAGUGCACAGAGCAGUGAGAUCCUGGUGCACAGAAAUGACCUGCAGAAAGAGGGUUUGAAAAGGACCGCAAGCCGGCACACAACAGCUGGGGGGCCACUUGCUCAGGGCUCAGAGAAGACUGACAGUGGCAUCAAUGGCAUCGGCCCAGCUGUCACUCCACAGCCCGCUGGGGACCCUGGGCUCCACCAGGAGGACCAAGGCUUCUGGACCAGCCCUGAGAACAGUUUUCACCCCAGUAUACCCUUCCUGAAAGAAGGGGGUUCUGGGGAGGAGGACAGUGUGCACCAGGCCCCUGGAGAGCCCCAGGUCACCCAAAAUGGAGUCUCCUCCAGGGCACCUUCAACGGCUGAGCACCCUGCCUGGGGAGAUCCAGACCAUGGCCUCCAGAUACCAGCCCCGGAUUACCCUCAUCCUUGGGACUCAGCUGUAGACGGCAUCAGUCACAGAGAACAAGAUAGUCUGUCCCAGAGUCCGACUGAGGCUGAGCCCCAAGAAGAAUUUCCCUCCCAGACAGGGAAGCAGGGUUUGCACAUACCCUCACCCAUGAGAAGCUGGGAUUCAUUCAACAAGACUGCGACCCCAGCGGCUCUGAGCAUCUCCUUUCUAGAGGAGGCUCCUGCACCUGUCACCCCAGUGACCCAUUUGAGAAAUGGGUGGACAGUUGUCCGUGGUUUCCCUGGGGCCAGGAGUGGGGAGGUGAUAGAUGACGAUGCGGCAGUGGCCGAAGCCCUUGCAGCUUUAGAAGCUGCCACUGCGGGAGAAGAUGAGGAUGAAGGGGACUAGGGGAGGGGGCCUGAGCGGGCACAGCAGCGGAUAUAGCUUGCCACAGACACUGGCUACUCUGUAGUGCCCAGUCUUGGGGUGUUUAAACACAACAUCUGUCUUGGUGUUUGUCAGCAGCUGGUUCUUCUUCAGUUACACUGUGGAGAGUUGGGCUACUGGUCAGAAAGCCAAAAGAAAACAGGAAAGAGAGAGAGAGAGAAAGAGAGAGAGACCUGUGCCACUGACAGAAGCAUUCUGAAAUUAAAUAGCCCGGUCACCCACCUUCACCACUUGUCCAGAACAUCUGGUGCAGCUAAUCCUGAGAAGGCGCUGUGAGCCCACAGAGGGCUCAUGGACUCACAGAACAUUCUGGGGGGACCUUAGUUCUUUCUCUCACUUUUAAGAGCCAACCUUGUACAGCCAAUCAGGAAAAAAGUAGCUGUCCCCAAAGUGCCUCGUGUGUCCUCAAAGCAUGACUUACCUUCAGGGACAAAUCACCCAGGGAACCCAUGAGUAAGCAAGCCAAUGCUUGACCAGGGGAAGGUCAGAAGCUACAGGCAAACAAGUGGUUAAUAUCACUGACUGUGAUAUUAAGACACCUCGACCAUACUAUUUUCUAAAAUCUCCUUUGGGGGUGGGGAGACCAGUCAGAAUCUUUCUUACAGUUGAUUGUGUCGUGUUUGUGCUUGAUCUGAGAAAGCCAAAAGACCUAUGGAAUGAAUGUUCAUUGUGCCACUUUGCAUCUGAUUCUGAUUAAAGUAUAACAACAUA